AUGGCCGACUUUGACAAUGAUGAUGCGGACCUCUUCGGCCUCUCCAAGGGCAAGGACUUUGGCAAGAACCGCCCAGAGUCCAGCAAUUCCAACUUUGACGUGAAGGUGAAGGAUAUGAUGCACAAGGAUGAAGGACGAUCAGGAUCAGAGAAUGGCACAAAGCUCAUUGCGGAGAAUCUAAUUCAUGCGCAGAUGGCGGCGGCGGGCAUUUGGCUAAAGCCAGGGGAGGACCCCCAUCAGGUGGCCCAGGACUUGGCUGCGGCAGAGGCGGACAAUGCGAGUUUGCCUCGGCUGGCAGAAGAGGAUUUGGUGCAGUUCAUGGUCAAGCUGAGUGUGGAGGGCUUCCCACAAGCCGUCAAGGUCCGGAAGAUGCAGAAGUUCCACGGCAGCAUCCUGGAGCCCCCAAAGUGGCUGGGUGAGCCGGCGAAGCCCUGGGAGGCCGGCCUCGCCUUCUGCGCGGAGGUGGGCCAAUUUUUCGGCCGAGACUCUCACGUGCGGGUGCACCAAGAGAACUGCGGGCAGAUCCGGUUCCAAGCGGGGGACAAGGUGACCUUCUGCAUCCCAGAGGAGCCGGAGCGCGGGGCGCUUCCAGAGGCCAAACUCGUGGUGCUGGCGAGCACGGACCGGCCCUUUGGCGCGGUGCUUUCCUGUUGCCGCAUCCACUUGCCGCGCCCAGGGGGCGAAGCAAAGGCGCCCUUGUGCUUGGACCUGCAUGCCUUCACCAGCAAGGUGGUCUUGUCUGGGCUUUCAAUCGACGUCACUGAGACGGAGCUCAUGCGAUUCUUCAACAAGCAAGGAGCAACCAAGGGCCUGGUGGCCCACGCGCGGGGCUGCAGCUUUGCGUCCAUUGCAUUUCCGAGCCUCCGCGACGUGGCGACCUUUCUCGGGCGCUCCGCUCAUGCCUUCGCGGACGACAAGGAGACGCGCAUCGCCAUGCUGCUGAACCGGGCGCCCACCCGCCCGCACACUGCAGACCAGGCGCGGCUUCCGGCCAUCCCCGCGCCCACCAUCUCGCCGGGCGAGGAUCAUGGGUGCAUUCACGUGGGUUGGGCGCCCUUGGCCUUGGCCAUCGGAUACGUGGUGGAAGUGCGACCCGUCAGCGCUAAGGUGGAGUGGUCCCCGGUGGACGUGGGCGGGCGAUUGGGCGCCUCCGGCGCCGGCGGCUACUUUGCACCCAGCUGCUCCUCGUGUAAGGUCUCGGGGCUUCAAGUCGGCUUCGCCUACGAGGCGUCGAGCCCAAGGACCUCACAGUUCAAGGGACGGGCCUAG